CAUGCACCAGCCCCAGGAGCCCGUUGGGGGGCAGAGCCCCCUGCCCCAGGAGGGCUCCAUGACCGUGGUGCUGCGUGUGAGGCCCCCCAGCCGCCGGGAGCGAGCUGCACCCCAAGUCCUGCACGUCCUGAACCAGCACGAGGUGCUGCUCAGCCUGGAGGAGCCCGGCGCAGCCGCCCCGGCCGCCCGCAGCCCCGGCCGCCGCCGCAGGAACCUCAAAUUUGUGUUCGACCACGUUUUUACCGAGGGGGCCACGCAGGAGGAGGUGUUCCAGCACACCACGCUCCCUCUGCUGGACGCCCUCCUCGCUGGCUACAACUGCUCCGUGUUUGCCUACGGUGCUUCGGGAGUCGGGAAAACCCACACCAUGGUGGGUUCCAAGAGCAGCCCUGGCAUUGUGCACCUGGCCACAGUGGAGCUGUACAAGAGGCUCGAGGCCAUGAAGGACAAGAGCUGGGAGGUCCUUGUCUCCUACCAGCAGGUGUACAAAGAGUGUGUCUACGACAUGCUGGAGCCCGGAAGCCCACUGAACGUCUGGGAGCAGCCCGGGAAAGGAGCUGUGGCACAUGGUCUCUCCUUCCACAAGCCCACGUCAGCAGAGCAGCUCCUGGACAUGUUGGCCAAGGGCAGUAAAAACCGGGCACAGCGUCACACCAAGGCCAACGCCACCUCCUCCCGCUCCCACGCCAUCUUCCAGAUCCAGGUGAAGCAGUGGGACUCCAGUGGUGGCCUGGCCGGGGACUCGCUCGUGGCCAAGCUGAGCUUCAUUGACCUGGCGGGCUCAGGGCGAGCGUGGGACACACCGAGCCGGGGACAGGGGCUGCGGGAGGCCACCAGCAUCAGCCGCUCGCUGCUGGCCCUCAAAAGCGUUGUCCGAGCUCUGACCGGAGCCAAGGGCAGACAGAGCCACGUUCCGUUCCGGGACAGCAAACUGACUCGCCUGCUGAAGGACUCGCUGGGCAGCAGCUGCCGCUGCACCGUGAUCGCAGCCGUGAGCCCCGCGGCGCCCGCCGGCCCCGACACCUGCAACACGCUCCGCUUCGCCAGCCGGGCCAGGCACAUCCUGCUGCCGUCCCUGCAGCUGCAGCGCUCCGGGAUGUCUCUCUGCAGCUCCGGAACAGACUCCCUGCCCGAUCUGCAGUUCCAGGCCAGUACACCAAGUCCCCUGCUGCAGGACCUGUCUGGGCACCAGGAACAGAACCUCUGCCCUGAUGAAAUGAGCGUGAAGACAAAGGAAGUGGAGGUCCUGGCCCUGGAGGAGUCCAUAGGGUCGAUGGAGACCUUAGGGCUGGAGGAAGCUUCUCCUCCCUGUAGCCCCGCAGAGCCCAGCGAGGCUGCCCCAGCCCCGGGAAUGCAGCUGAGCUGUGCCGCCGAGGUGCCUGUCACCAUGCCAGAUCCCGCUGUGCCCAGCACCGACCCGGAAUGCUUCCAGGAGCUCUCUCCGUGCUCCAGUUCCAGGUCGAUGUCUCCCGGGCCGGUUAAGAGGAUGCUCGAGUCGAGCAGAGAUUCCCAAUCAGAAAAUUCCCGCAGCUCCCGAACACGGAGGAAGCGCCAGCAGAGUCCUGGGAAGGCAGCAGGGACUCCCCGGGCAGCGCAGAGCCCUCCUGUGUCCCCGGGGCCGCGUUGUGUUAUGGGGCCUGUGGGUGCCUCUGCACCCUUUGCUGUGGGAGGCCUGGGCCCUCUGCUGGGUGUCCAGCACCUGCUCUGUGCAGGUGAGGGGGGUGGGGGACACAUGGCCAUGGCCAUCCAUGCCAACAUCCCAGUCAGGCGCCAGUCAUGA